AAGGAAACCUCGCCUCCACAAAUCCCCCACGCAUCCCUCCCAAUCUCCCGUCGCCCCCCGCCCCGAUCCGCCGCCGCCAUGGCCCGCUCGGAGCACCGCCUCGCGUCCGCCGUGGUGCGCCUCCCGGGCCGCUCCAGGGUUUCUGCGUCCCCCUCCCCACGCCGCCGCUCCCCCUCCCCGUCGCCCUCCCCGCGCCGCCACCGCCGCCGCGACCGCUCACCUAGCCCCUACCGCGACCGCCGCCGCCAGUGGUCGCCCUACCACCACGACCGCGGCCGGGACCGGGACCGGGUGCGGGACCGAGACCGGAACCCCCCCGUCCGCGAAGGCGGCGGCGGCGGGGCCUGGUCCGGCUCCGACGACGACGACGAGGACCUCAAGGGCCUCAGCUACUUCGAGUACCGCCGCCUCAAGCGCCAGAAGCUCCGCAAGAGUAUGAAGCGGUGCAUCUGGAAUAUCACGCCCAGCCCCCCUCGGGUCGACGGCGAAGAGGAGAACUACGGUUACAGCGAUGAGGAGGAGGAGAAGGAAUCCCCGAAGAAGAAGGGCUCGCAGGAGGGGAGCGAUGGGGAGAGCAAGGAUGCGUCGGAGUCCGAGUCUGGUGAGUCAGAUAGCCGUUCCGAGUCCAGUGAUUCCGAGGAUUCUAGGAGGAAGAAGAAAGGGAGGAAGAGCAGUAGUCGCCGUAGCAGCAAGAGAAGCCGUCGUCGCCAUCGUCGCCGUUCAUAUGAUUCUGACAGUGGGAGUGAUAGUGAGAGCAACGAUGAUUCUGAGGGCUCUUAUGAUUCUGAGGACUCUAGGGAUAGGAGGAGCAAGAAGAGGUCGCGGAGGCACAGGAAGUCUAAGAGGAGGGGUAGGAGCUCAGGGAGGACGAAGAGGAAGAACCAGGAUACGGCCUCCGAACAAAGCUCUGAGGAGGAAGAGGAGCAUUCUGGUUCUAGCCCAAGGGACAGUAAGAAAAAGAGUAAGAGCUCGAAGAGGAAGAGGAGCAAGCGGUCUGACUCCGAAGAAUCAAUCCCUUAUGAUGCCAAUGCUGAUGCAAAGGAAGUUGAUGAAACAAUGGAGCAGGAGAUUGACCCGGAAGCUAUCAAGUUCAAGGAAAUGCUCGAGGCCCAGAAGAAGGCUGCCCUGGAGAAUGAGAUGCCUGUUGGACCAAUGCCACUUCCUCGCGCAGAAGGGCAUAUCAGCUACGGUGGUGCGCUGAGGCCUGGAGAAGGUGAUGCUAUUGCACAGUAUGUUCAGCAAGGGAAGCGUAUCCCACGACGUGGUGAGGUCGGUCUGUCUGCAGAUGAGAUUCAGAAGUUUGAGGAUUUGGGGUAUGUGAUGAGUGGCAGUAGACACCAGAGGAUGAAUGCUAUCCGUAUCAGGAAGGAAAAUCAGGUUUACAGCGCUGAGGAUAAGAGGGCACUGGCCAUGUUUAACUAUGAGGAGAAAUCGAAGAGAGAGCACAAGGUUAUGGCUGACUUGCAGCGCUUGGUUCAGAGAACCAUUGGCCAUGACGUGGGACCUUCACAUGAUCCUUUUGCUACUGCAGAUGGCUGAGUAAUGAUUUCUGGAUCUUAUAUAAUGAAUGGUCAUCUGUAUUCGUUAUGCACUCUUUACCUGUUUGUGAUUCCUACAAUGUAAUUAGUGAUGUCGAGCUUGCCUAGUUGUGCCGCAAAUCUCUUAUGCUGAUAUUGCACGUGAACUGUAGUAAACAAGAGCUUAUUGUUAGCUUGUAUUUUGUAUUGGCAAUACUUUAUUAUGAUGAUUACUAUCCUUCCGUGUGCUUA